UGGUGCUUUCUCGCUGCAGGAAAAUCUCUGGGACAGAAGCCAUGUUGCUGCGCCCUUUGGCCCUCACUCUCACCUUGCUGAUGGUGUCCGGCCUCGAGUACAGUGGGAAGGACAUCUGUGGUGGCCACCCUGGCAUCCCUGGCACUCCCGGAUCCCACGGCUUGCCGGGCAGAGAUGGGAGAGACGGUGUCAAAGGAGACCCCGGGCCUCCAGGCCCCAUGGGCCCCCCUGGAGGAAUGCCAGGCUACCCCGGGCCUGAGGGGGUGACUGGAGCCCCUGGCGUUGCUGGAGAGCGUGGGGAAAAGGGGGAGCCUGGUGAGAGGGGCCCUCCAGGGCUUCCAGCUUCGUUAGAUGAGGAGCUCCAAACCACACUCCACAAGUUCAGACAUCAAAUCUUGCAGGCCAUGGGAGUCCUCAGCUUGCAGGAGUCCAUGCUGGUCGUGGGAGAGAAGGUCUUCUCCAGCAACGGGCAGUCGGUAAAUUUUGAGGACAUUCAAAGCUUAUGUGCCAGAGCAGGGGGUCGUAUCGCUGCCCCGACGAGCCCAGAAGAGAACGAAGCCAUCGCAAGCAUCGUGAAGAAGUACAACACUUACGCAUACCUGGGCCUGAUGGAGAGCCCUGACUCCAAAGAAUUCCUCUACCUGGAUGGGGCCCCUGUGAAUUACACCAAUUGGUACCCAGGGGAGCCCAGGGGGUGGGGCAAGGAGAAGUGUGUGGAGAUGUACACAGAUGGGCAGUGGAACAACAAAAACUGCCUGCAGUACCGGCUGGCCGUCUGUGAGUUCUGAGAAGGCCCCUGGGUGGCCGGGUAGAUAGGGCCCUGCCUUGCCGUCCAGCCUCCAGCCGGAACAUGUGCCUGAUCUCUGAGAUGCUACAGCUCCUUCCCAGCAAAAUGUAUUUGUGGCCCCUC